AUGGCAGAAGGCACCUCCACAUCGAGAGGCAUUGCAGACGGACUGGCUCCCUCACAUACAUAUGUUCCCAACCGGGGAUACCUGGGAGAGGAUCAGCCUAGCAACCAGCGAAGGCCGGACGGUGGACAUCUGUUGCAAGAAGACAUGGACAAAGACAAAGACGCAGAAGACGAAGAAGACGAAGAAUAUUCGUCAUCAUCUUCGUUGGACGACAUGGGAGAAGACGACAGCCUCUUCGACCCAGACUACCUCGCCUCAUCCAACCCAGCAGACCUGACCAAAUCGUACAACCGACAAAAACGACUCAACCAAGUCCGCGCCGACCCCGGCGUGCCGACAUGGCAGUAUCCCAAAGCCAACCCUCAACGGACACCAGAACCGGUCUCCGACGCAUUGGCCCACCACAAGCUGGCCAAGCUCAACAUAUCAGAUUACGACGAAUACCAGAGAUCCGGACGCGGCGACGACGGCGACGAGCGGCACAAGGACAAGAGCGACCGAGCGACUACCGAGCAGGUGCUUGAUCCCAAGACGCGACGGAUCCUGUUCCAGAUGAUCAACGGCGGGAUCGUGUCCGAGAUCAACGGCACCAUCUCCACGGGGAAAGAAGCCAACGUGUACCACGCGCUCCUUGCAUCCGAGGAGCCGGACACACCGGACAAGCACGUGGCCAUCAAAGUGUACAAGACCAGCAUCCUCGUCUUCAAGGACCGCGAGAAGUACGUCACAGGAGAAUUCCGGUUCCGGAAGGGCUUCAACAAAGGCGACAACCGGUCGAUGGUGAAGCUGUGGGCGGAAAAGGAGAUGCGCAAUCUCAAACGCAUUCACGCCGCCGACAUCCCGUCUCCGGAACCGAUCUACCUCAAACGCCAUGUUCUCGCCAUGAGUUUCAUCGGCGAUAGUAAAGGCAAGGCCGCGCCUCGCCUGAAAGACGUCGAGUUCACGGACGAAGAUCCCGUCUCGAGAUGGCGCAGUGUCUACGCCGAACUACUGGCCUACAUGCGCAUGAUGCUUCAGAUCUGUAAGCUCGUUCAUGCAGAUUUGAGCGAGUACAACAUCCUCUGGCACAGGGACCGGCCGUACAUCAUCGACGUCAGUCAGAGUGUGGAAGCCGAUCACCCGCGAAGUCUGGAUUUCCUGCGCAUGGAUAUCAAGAACGUGAACGACUUCUUCAAGAGACAGGGCGUUGCUGUUCUUUCAGACAAGAAGGUGUUUCAGUUUAUCACCAGACAUGCAGAGGAGGCCGAGGAGGCGCGUCUGGACACGUUACGUGUGGAGAUCGAGAGGAUGUUGGCCGAGCGGACAGACGAGGAAGAAGACGAGGUCGAGACAGAGGUCUUUCGCAAACAAUACAUUCCACAGACAUUGGAUGAAGUGUACGACGCCGAGCUGGAUGCCGAGAAUCUCAAAGUCACUGGACGCCAGGCGCUGGUGUACAAAGACCUUCUGGCACCACUGAAAGGCGAACAGCAAAGCACCGAACAAAUCUCAACCGCAAACGACGCGACGCCUUCUGCCAACGACGAGGAACGGAAGCAGAACCAGACUUCAGACCAAGACCCCGAUGGAAACGAAGGUGUGCCAUUACCGCAGGAUGACUCUGUUGCGUCGGAGGAUGGGUCUGACGACGAGAGCGACUAUUUCUCCAGCGACGACGGCCCACCACGCGGCAAAAGGUUCCAGGACAAAGACGAGAAACGCGACCACAAACGCAAGGUCAAGGAAGAGAAGCGCGAGAAGCGUGCGACAAAGAUCCCCAAGAACGUCAAGAAGAAGCUGGUCAAGGAUUCGAGCCGGACGAAACGGUAG